AUGAAGUCAGCUCUAUCUUUCUUUGCGCUAACGAGCGCCGUCGCGGCUGCUCGCCCCUAUUCGGAAUGGCUCGCAUCCUCGUUCAUCUCCCGCAAGACCCCCAUCGACUCCGGCUACGGCCCCGCCGUGCUGUGGGAAGGCAUUGCUCGGGCCGGCGAACAGGUUGUAGCCAACGGAGGCAGCGACAGUCUUCUCAAAGCAGCCGAGGCCAAGGUGUCAUCCCUCGUCAGCGCAGACGGCACUCUCGACGGCUGGGACCCUGAGUAUUACUCGCUCGACGACAUCCGCAUCGGCAACAACUUGCUUUACUUCUACCAGCGAAAUAAGGAUGCCAAGCUCAAGAUCGCGGCGGACGGUCUCCGGCAGCAGUUGAAUCGCUGGCCGAGAACUCCGACCGGUGGGUUCUGGCACCGGGCACCCAUCUACGAGGACCAGAUGUGGUUGGACGGGAUCUAUAUGGCCGACACCUUCUAUGCGACUUAUAUCCAUCUCUUCGAGCCGGAUAAUACGACCGCAUGGAACGAGAUUGCGCUGCAGUUCGAUCUCAUUGAAGAACACACUCGUAACCACACGAGCAACCUCCUCGUCCACGGCUACGAUGAAGCCAAGGACGCGGUCUGGGCCGAUCCGGUGACGGGAGCUAGUCCGCUGGUGUGGAACCGCGCUGUGGGGUGGUACUUCAUGGCUCUCAUCGAGACGCUGCAGGUUUACCCUCAGUCUCUACCCGGAUAUGGUCGUCUUCUGGAGUACUUUGUGACUCUUGCCGACGGACUCGCACGCAGCCAGGAUGAGAAGGGCGGUUGGUGGUUGAUCAUGAACGAGGGUUACGAGACCCGCAAGGGAAACUACAUCGAGUCGAGCGCGACGGCCAUGUUCUCGUACGGCCUUCUCAGAGGUGUCAGAGAUGGCUUGCUUGAUGUGAAGUACAAAGAUGUCGGACUGAAAGCCUACAAUUUAUUGGUCAACGACUUCAUCCGUGAUGAUAAGAACGGGUCUAUCAGUUUCUUGGGAACGGUGCAGGUUGGCAGCUUGAACUCCAAUGCCAGCUUUGAGUACUACACCAGUAUCCCGUUGGUGGAGAACGAUUCCAGAGGCUCUGGGUCAUUCUUGUUUGCCGCUAUUGAGGAGGAACUUGCGUAA